AUGGGUGUCACAGAGGCCUUGAAUAAAGUCGAAGACAAGGUCAAGGACUUGGCCUUGAACAAGAAGGAUGAGGGAAAGAACAAAAAGGACGAGGGAAAGAACAAAAACAAGUCUAAUGGUAAACAAUCUGCGCUCUACUUAGAUCCAGAACCGGAGUUCGUUGAAGAGAGAAAUGUCCUUUUCAACCAAUUGACCCAAGCUUACAACGAAAAGGUGGCUAAGAUGCCUCGGGUUCCUUUAAAAGUAGUGUUAAAAGAUGGUUCAGAAAAGGAAGCUACCGCCUGGGAAACUACCCCAAUGGACAUUGCCAAAGAGAUUGCAAAGUCUUUCCCAGACAAGCAAUGCAUUUCCAAAGUUAAUGGCCAACUUUGGGACCUGGAAAGACCUUUAGAGGGUGAAAAAGACGAGGUUGUCAAAUUGGAGUUCUUUGACUUUGAGUCCGAAGUAGGCAAAAAAGUAUUUUGGCACUCGUCCGCUCAUGUCUUGGGUGAAGCUUGUGAGUGUAAUCUCGGUGCUCACAUUUGUCUCGGGCCUCCAACAGAUGACGGGUUCUUCUACGAGUUUGCCAUCAAAAACGGCGCCGAUGCUCCAGCAGACACUCCAGAAAGAACCGUUUCACAAGCCGAUUUCCCUAAUCUCGAAAGCGUCGCAAAGAAUGUUAUCAAAGAGAAACAAAAGUUCGAGAGACUGGUCAUGUCUAAGGAGGACUUGCUCAAGAUGUUCCACUAUUCUAAGUACAAAACUUAUUUGAUUCAGACCAAAGUUCCAGACGGUACCUCCACUACCGUGUACCGGUGCGGUAAGCUGAUUGACUUGUGUGUCGGUCCUCAUAUUCCUCACACGGGCCGUAUUAAGGCCUUCAAAUUGUUGAAAAACUCCUCUUGUUAUUUCUUGGGCGAAGCUACCAAUGAUUCUUUGCAAAGAGUUUAUGGUAUUUCUUUCCCUGACAAGAAAUUGAUGGAUGCUCACUUGAAAUUUCUGGCUGAAGCCUCUAUGCGUGACCACAGAAAAAUUGGUAGAGAACAGGAACUAUUCUAUUUCAAUGAAAUGUCACCAGGAUCUUGUUUCUGGCUUCCUCAUGGUACAAGAAUUUACAAUAAUCUAGUCGAAUUGUUGAGAGCUGAAUACCGUAAGAGAGGGUACGAUGAGGUAAUUACCCCAAACAUGUACAACUCCAAGCUAUGGAAAACGUCGGGCCACUGGGGCAAUUACAAGGAAAACAUGUUCACCUUCGACGUAGAGAAAGAAACCUUUGGUCUAAAACCAAUGAACUGUCCUGGCCAUUGUAUUAUGUUCAAAUCUAGGGAGCGUUCUUACAGAGAAUUGCCAUGGAGAGUUGCUGACUUUGGUGUCAUUCACAGAAAUGAAUUUUCGGGUGCUUUAUCUGGUUUGACGCGUGUUAGAAGAUUCCAACAGGAUGAUGCUCAUAUCUUCUGUGCCCAAAACCAGAUAGAACAAGAAAUAGAAAACGUUUUCGAUUUCUUGAAAUACGCUUACGGUGUUUUUGGCUUUGAAUUCAAAAUGGAACUCUCUACUCGUCCUGAAAAAUACUUAGGUGAACUAGAAACUUGGAACAACGCUGAAUCUAAGUUAGAGGCUGCUUUGAGGAAGUGGGGUGGUGCAUGGGAAAUGAACCCAGGCGAUGGUGCUUUCUACGGUCCUAAGAUCGACAUCAUGAUUUCGGAUGCGUUAAGAAGAUGGCAUCAAUGUGCUACCAUCCAGCUUGAUUUCCAAUUGCCAAACAGAUUCGAACUUGAAUUUAAGUCUCAAGAAGGUGAUGGCUACGAAAGACCUGUAAUGAUUCAUCGUGCUGUGCUGGGCUCUGUGGAAAGAAUGACCGCCAUUCUAACAGAACAUUUUGCUGGUAAAUGGCCUUUCUGGCUAUCUCCACGUCAAGUUCUUGUCGUCCCAGUGGGUGUUAAAUACCAAGAGUACGCUCAAGAAGUGCGUGACAAAUUGGUCUCUCAAGAUAUUUAUGCUGAUGUUGACUUGACUGGUAACACUCUACAGAAGAAAGUCAGAAACGGUCAAAUGUUGAAAUACAACUUCAUUUCCAUCGUCGGAGAACAAGAGAUGACGGAAAAGUCUGUGAAUAUCAGAAACAGAGACGUAAUGGAGAAGCAAGGUAAGAAUGAAACCAUCAAACUUGACACCGUACUACAACAAUUACAACAACUGAAAAAGAGCAAGAGUUUAGAAAAUGUGUUGGGUGAUAAUUAA